CAUAAUCACAUUUUCUAUCAUAUUAGUUGAUCAUGAGUACUGCUAGCAUUGAGCUUGAAUUUACAUCCCCAUUCUCCCGUGAGACGGUUUUUAAGGCUUUCGGUGAUUUCCACACUAUUGCACCUGAAGUCAUUCCUCAAGUUUUCAAGUCCAUUGAGACCGUUGAAGGUGAUGGAGGCGUUGGAACAAUAAGACUAUUCACAUUUGGCGAUGGUGUUCCAUUCACAAGUGGAAAGUAUAAGCAAGGCGCGAUAGAUGCAACCAACUUCAGCUAUAACUAUUCGUUUUUUGAAGGCGAUAAUUUGAUGGGUAUAUUAGACUCCAUCGACCAUUAUGUUAACAUUGUACCUUCUGCUGAUGGAGGAAGUGUCUUCAAGCAAACCGUCAUCUACAAUUGCAAAGGGGAUGAUAAACCAUCUGCAGACAUUCUUAACUUUGAAAAAGAAAUAUAUGAGAAAACAUAUAAGGCUAUCGAGGCUUAUGCGGUCGCACAUCCUGAAACUUAUUAAUCUAUCUUUCAUUAAUGAAUUCUCUUAUGAUUUGAAAUCCUCUCACUAUGGUGCUUUUUGUUUCUUGUGUCUUCUAAUUUGUUAUGAUAUAUUGUAAUAACGGACAAACUACAGAUGUACCAAGUUUCCGGUUGAUAUGAUGCAGUAUUUCAUCCCUUUCUUUUA